AUGACAUAUCAAUAUCAGGCAGUUGCAGCAGUCAGUGAGGAAGAGGAGGAGGAGGUGAUGGAGGAAGAGGAGGAAGAGGAGGAGGAAGAAGAAGAGGAGGAGGAGGAGGAAGAGGAGGAGGAAGAAGAGGAGGUGGUGGAGGAAGAGGAGGAGGAGGUGGAGGAAGAGGAGGAGGAGGGAGAGGAGGAGGAGGGAGAGGAGGAGGGAGAGGAGGAGGGAGAAGAGGAGGUGGAGGAAGAGGAGGAAGAAGAGGAGGAAGAAGAGGAGGAGGAAGAAGAGGAGGAGGAGGAGGAGGAAGAAGGGGUGGUGGAGGAGGAGGAGGAGGAGGAGGAGGAGGAGGGAGAAACUGAGAUUGUCUAUCAACGUUACACAGUCUUAUGUAGAGAGUGA